AAGACAAGGCUUAUUGGCUCAUCCUCUGUAUCAGUUUCCUGAAUUCGUUUUAACAAUUCGCGGCACUCUUUACGCCAUGUUCGAAAAUGGAGAUGCUAAAAGCUGCUGCUGCCAUCGCUUUUCUCCUGGUUUUACCAGGAUUGCCGUGGCUAAUCAUAUCCCAAUUGCAAUUCCCAGUCGCAGAGGAUUGCGAAGCAAUCAUAAUACUCGGCUACGAGAUUGAUUGGAUAAGCGGUGAUGUGCUCCCUGGAGGUUUGCUGGAAGCACGACUGCAGCUUGCACAAAGAACUGCCGAGCAGUCGCGCCCAAGGUGGCUGAUUCUCAGCGGCGGUGUGGGACAAAAGGGUGAAGAAUUUGCAGCGAAUUCAGAGGCUGUGGCGAUGCAGCGCUGGCUCCAAGGGAAAGCAGUGUGUUGGGACGAGGUGUUGUUGGAAGACGCAUCUCAAUCCACUCGCACGAACGCGAUCCAGUCCCUUGAUUUGCUUCAAAAGAUGGCCGGCGAACAUUUUCCUGAGCAAGUGUGCGUUGCCACCAAUGCCUUCCAUCGCUUCCGCGCUUGGCGGAGCUUCCUCCAUGUGCAACUGGAGGCAAAGAUUCCGACCAAGUUCACGAUCAAAAUGCUGCAUGAAGCUUCACGAACUCUUCCACGAUCUUCCCUUGAGGCAGAAGAGUGUUUUCAGGCUUGAAGUUCAAUGAUGCUUGAUGUUCAUGAUAUGAUUUGGCAUGUGCGGUCAUUCGUUGCUCCUCUGUCCUUUUGUGUGUGUGUGGCAUUGAGGCCUGGCAAGAGCUGCUGGGUAUCCUUUUAUACUUCGUUCGCUGCUGGUUGUGACGCGAGAAAA